CCGCUCCGGGAUUGCUGUGGUUCAGCUCUCCUCCAACUCCUGCUCUGAUUCCGGCUCCACUCCGGGAUUCCUGCGGUCUAGCUCCGGCUCCACUCCAGGGUCGCUGUGGUCCAACUUCGCUCCUGCUCCACUCCGGCUCCGCUGCUUCCCAGCUCCGCAUCACCUCCAGCGCCGGGCCGGUGUAGGAAACAGGGACAGCGCCGGGCCGGUGCAGGGUGCAGGGAGCAGGCACAGCGCCGGGCCGGUGUAGGGAACAGGGAGCAGGGACAGCGCCGGGCCGGUGCAGGGAGCAGGGAGCAGGGACAGCGCCGGGCCGGUGCAGGGUGCAGGAAGCGGGGUGCAGGGCUGCCGCUUUCCCGGGGCCAUGGGUGUGGUGGACAAAUGGCCAUCCGUCCAGUGUGUGCUCUACCUGUCCGCGGCCCUACUGGCCGCCAGCGCGCUGCUGCCGCAGUGGCAGAACAACAGCGACUUCGGCGGCCGCUGCCUGCUCUUCGCCCACGGCAUGUGGCGCAACGAGAACAUCACGGUGGAGGAGCAGCGCUUCAUAGUGGACGAGUGGGGCCCCAAGUCCGCCUGCCGCUUCCCCGCCGUCACCGGCAUCCUCGCCCUCCUCCUGUCCGCCGCCCAGGCCGGCCGCCUGCUCCUCCACCUCUGCAAGGGACGCGGCGACACUUUCUUUGCCACGUUCCUGAAUUUGUUGGUCAACAUCUUGGUGGUCUUCCUUAUCUUCAUAGCAAGCACUCUGGUCACUGUUGGCUUCAAUAUGUGGUGUGAUACCAUCACAGAAAAUGGAAAGAUGCCCAACAGUUGUCAAGAAUUGCAGGACAUUGACCUGGAACUGCAUUUGGAUAAUUCUUCUUUCUACAACCAAUUUUCAAUUAUCCAGUUUGGCCUGUGGGCUGGAUGGGUGACCUGGAUGGCGAUUAGUAUCCUCGCAUUCCUGAAGGUGUACGACAACUAUAGACGGGAGGAUCUCCUCGACAGCCUGCUCCAUGAGAAGGAACUGCUGCUGGCAAGAUCCAGGAGAGCAACAGUUGAGAAAAAUGCCUUGAUUUAAAUCCACCAUGUCAUAGGAAGUGUUAUUUUGGGCGAGACAACCAAAUAAAAUAGUGCUGCAUGUCUGUUGUAAAGGAGAAAAGUGCUGACAAAUUACUGUACAGCAGGGUACUCAUUCUCUAGCAUCCUCCAGCUUGAUGGCAGGCAACGUCACAGCAAAUGUGUCUUUCAGUAGAUGCUUUUUUUCAGUGCCUAAUAAACAUUUGUUUCUGGAGAUAAUGGUUUACUAAAAUGUCACAGUACCAAAUGUAACCACUGUUAUAUUAGGAAGUCAAAAUGUAAACCAUUGAAAAUACUUGUGCAUCAGAGUAUUAGGUACAGGUCCACCUCCAAUUUUCCAGUACCCUUGGGUCCAGAGUCAUACAGUGUGGAAACAGGCCCUUCGGCCCAACAUGCUCCAUUUACAUUCUGACCUGCCUGCUUGUCCCUCUAAACCUAUCCUAUCCAUGUACAUGUCUAAACGUUUCUUAAACGUUCGAUAGUACCUGCCUCAAAUACCUCCUCCAGCAGCUUGUUCCAUACACCCACCAUCUUUUGUGUGUGAAAAAAAAAGGUGCCUCUCAGGUUCCCAUUAAAUCUUUCCCCCUCACCUUAAACCUCUGUCCUCUGGAUCUCGAUUUCCCCUAUUCUGGACAAAUGACUGCAUUUAAUUGAUCUAUUCCUCCCAUGAUUUUGUACACCUCUAUAAGAUCACCCCCCAUUCUCCUGCACUAAGGAAUAAAACCCUAGACUGCACAUUUUAUCCCUGUAGCUCAAUCCCUCGAGUCCUGGCAAAAUCCUGGAAAUUGUCUCUGAACCCCUUCAAGCUUGACAACAUCCUUCAACAACAGAGCCUUGCUAGAUUACCCAUCUUGAGAGGAGUCCAACGAUACUGGAACGGUCCGUCUAGGCCGUUGAGUGGCUGAGAUACCGGCCUGCACAGUCGGCUUCAGAAGUCAGCUAUGGGAACGGAUCUGCCGGCUCUGACUGGGCUGGAGUUCCAAAGCCCUGGUCCCAGUGGGCUAAUUCAACCCACCGAUUGGCCGCGGAAAUCCCGAUGAGGUGGAGAUCGGCCGCUUCACCUAACCUAGGUGUCGCAUUUUCAGGGGGACUUCCUGGUGGGGAUGAUUUCCAGUUCGUUCUUGUGAUCUUUGUGCGGAUUAAAGUAGACGCCGGACCCCUAAGUUGCCUGAAAAUCUGUGGUGCGCCUGCAGUAAUCAGGACCAUAUAUCCUGUUUACAGUACCGUGCUACACAGCAUACAUUUAAUGUCACAGAAAUGAACAUAAAACGCAUUAAACCCAUUGAAGAAACUUCCAGCUCAUUGCAUCUUAUACAAUCCAUUACAUUACAAGUGCUGUAAAAUAUUCUACUGAAAACAAAUGAACAAAUUGUGUCAUUCCUCAAAACAGAGGCUGAACAUGCUUAACAAAGUUGCUUAAAUCUGAACUGAAUAACAUGGAUAUUCGUGCUAGUGGCAGCACAAGUUGUCUUAAUUCCUGAAUCUGAACAGCAUGUCUGCAGUGUUUAGGAAAUGUUUAGUGUGAUUGUUUCUUCAGGAACAGCUGCUAUCUCACACCAGACUGAAUGUUCUAUCUAAAGCCACAUCUUCUCUAUCGCUAAUAAAAUGAACAGCCGCAAUUUGAAGCGUAGUAGUACAAGGUGACAUCAAACUUUAUUGUGCCAUAUGUUAAGCAUAAAAAAAAAGUUUUGUUACUAAUGUCAAUUCUUUACCAUGUUUACAGUGUACUGAGCAUUGAACCGUGUAAAAUAUAGUAAAUUAUUUAAUCCAGUUGUUUACAUCUGUGCCGUUGUCUGUUUUCCCUUGUGGAAACACAUCCACAUCAUUAUUUAUGCUGCAACUUAAUAAAAAGUAUUUAUCUAACUGCACCUGUCAGUAGAUGGGUGGAAAAAAUCUUUUACAUUUCCCUUGUGAUUGCAUAGGAUGGAAGAAAUCACUCAUAUGCCAUACGGGAACCACAAGGGCAAAUAUGGAAACUAUGACUGCCUGGC